GAUGUGCUGCAAAGAGCAGAGGCGGGCGGAGCGGGGCGGGGUAGGACGAGCAGUUGAGAGCGGGGGCGCGCGAGGUGUGCAAGGUGCAGGAUGGAGAGCAGGGAGCACCCGGGUAGGUGAACAGGGACGUGCAACCUAGAGGCUGUGAGGACGGGCUGCCGAAAAGGGGAAUCGAGCGAGCGGGGCCGACAGGUGGGCGCAUACUGGGAGAGAGAAAGGGCAGAGACUACCUAUAGGUGAAGCCCCACAGCCUUACGCCAGAGAAGACUAGCUACCUGAGCAGCCUGGUAUUUUCCCAGCUUAGCACCUUUGCAUUUGCUGGUGACUUCUGCCUCGUUCCUGUCCACUGAAAAAAAUCGCACAUCUGAGAGCUGUGAGUUCAGUUUUAUUUGGGGACUUAACUGAGGACUCUAGCCCUGGAGACAGCUGCUCUGACAACUCUGAGAAACUGCUUCUGCUUGGAAGAGAUUUGUGAAAUAGUGUGACCCUGCUUGACGUUUUCCAAACCCACCAGGAUGGAAAGCGAAUACCUGAAGAGGUGCUUUGGAAAUUGCCUGGCUCAGGCGCUGGCAGAAGUGGCAAAGGUUCAGCCCAGUGACCCCAUAGAGUACCUGGCUCACUGGCUUUAUCAUUACAAGAAAACGGCGAUGGCAAAAGAAAAGGAUAGGCAAGAGAAGAUCCAACUGCAAAAAGAAUAUGAAAAUAGCCUCAAAGAAACCAGAGUGACAGAAAUGCUGAUGCAAGAAGAGUGUGAGAUUCAACAGAAGUGUGAAAAGCGUCAUCCCGUGCCACUGAUAUCUGUAGCGAGUUCCACAAAGAAGACCGUGUUCAUGCAGGAGAACACAAAACCCCUUGAGAAGGAAGCCUUGAAGCAGGAAUCCCUGCCAGGAAUUUCCAGUAUGAUUCCAGGAAUGCCUCAACAGACUCCUUCUUCAGAGCCAUCUGUCCAGGUUGACUGGAACAUUGAAACUUCACAAGACAUAAAUUACCAGGCUUUUUAGCAUGAAAUUGCUCCUGAAAUGCAUCCUAGCUCCACAUCUCCUCCCUAGGUUAUAGAAGGUGGAUGAUUCUAGUGAUGCUUCUCUCAAAGCUGCAAGCUGAGAAAACGGCCAGCUAGAAGAGCUCUUACUUGAAGAUGAUUAACUAUGUGGAUUAAACCAAGAUAUGAGAGGCUGUGGAAGGAGAUGUCUGCAGGGACUCUCCAGCCCAAGUCCUGUCCUGACAGCCAUGAAAACCCCUUAAUCAUGGGAAGAUUUGAACUACUUAUAGGAUAAAAUAACUCAUAAUAAGGAUUUAAAAUAAGUAACCAGGGCCUCCCUGGUGGCGCAGUGGUUAAAAAUCCUCCUGCCAAUGCGGGGGACAUGGGUUCAAGCCCUGGUCCAGGAAGAUCCCACAUGCCGUGGAGCAACUAAGCCUGUGCGUCACAACUACUGAGCCUGCGCUCUAGAGCCCGUGUGUCACAACUGCUGAGCCCACGUGCCACAGCUACUGAAGCCCGUGUGCCAAGAGCCCAUCCUCUGCAACAAGAGAAGCCACGACAAUGAGAAGCCCACGCACCGCAACGAAGAGUAGCUCCCAUUCGCCACAACUAGAGAAAGCCCACGCGCAGCAAUGAAGACCCAACACAGCCUAACUAAAUAAAUAAAAUAGUUAUUAAAAAAAUAAUAAUAAGGAACUAAACUGAUGAGACUUUUUCCUUUUGCUUUAUCAUUUUUUUUUUGGAGACUAGACAGUGAAAACACAUCCAUCUCAUGUGUUCAUAUCUUAACUCUAGCUGAAUUUUGCAAUCAGGCCUCUUGGAGUGUUUAUACAUGUCCUUAUUUUUGAAACAGCUCCAGUGACAGUAAAAGUUAGGAGUUUGACUUUUUUUUCAAUUAUUUUCUAUCUGUAUUCAUGCAAAUAUCAUCUAUAUGCUGAUGGCUUGAGAUUUAUAUCUUUAAUCAGAAUUUCCUUGAACUUGACUCCCUGUUUGACAUUUCUCCUUGGAUAACCAAUGGACAUCUCAAACCUAACUACAGUUGACGCUUGAACAACACAGAGCUCAAUCCACAUAUAACUUAUAGUUGGCCAUCCAUACCUGAGGUUCCUCCAUACCCUGGGAUUCAACCAACCACUGACUGUAUAGUACUGUAGUAUUUACUAUUGAAAAGUAUCCUCAUGUGAGUGGACCUGGGCUGUUUGAAGCCAUGUUGUUCAAGGAUCAACUGCAAUCCAAAUGGAAUCCUUUAUAUCCUCCCUGAAUUGGUUUCUACCAUUUUUUUUAAUCUGCUCAGUCAAAACUUCUGGUGCCAUCCUUGGCUCUACUCUUUUUUGUUAGCCCUAAAUCUGGUCUGUUGGCUUUCCAUUUAAAAUAAAGACAGAAUUCAACCACU